AACAUGAGGGCCGGGCACCAGAUUAAAAGCUGGACGGUCGUCGCAUAUGUUCAUCAGGCAACUAAAUAAUGCGGCACGAGUCGCCAUCAGCUUACCGGAACAAGAGAUAAAAGAUACAGGAACCAAAAGGCGACGAGCUCAAAUCUGUUCUGGUGUAUCCAAGGAAGAGCCCAUAUAUACACCUGACCUUACACGGCCAUACCAACCAGGACAGAUAGAUGGAGGAUCAUCACACGGACAGGAGGAUAUCCAAGGAGGCCGGCGAGGAAACGAAGCUGACCAGGAGCUUCCGCUACGAGGACUACAGCACCAGGCGAGUCUUCCUGCGCAGCUACCCGCUGCAGUGGGACUGGUCGCCCUCGCGGGACGACGACGACGACGACAAGCAGGACGGCCAGGAUGCCGCCGACGGCGACGAGUGCUGCGGCAGCAGGCGGUGGAAGAGCAAGAUGGUGGCGGCCGUCACGGAGUGGGGGGAGGACAAGCUGCUGCUGCUACGCAGGGCCAAGAAGCGCCUCGCGCUCUACCUCAUCGGCUGCCACCACCACGGUCGCCGCGCGCUGCCCUUCCCGUCAGCCUCACCCGCCGGAUCAUGCACCGUCGCCAUGAUGCUCGCCUCCAGAUGAUCGAUAGAUAUCCACCACCGUACGUGCACGCACGGCGCGCGCGCGUGCAUCAUAUAUGUGUGUGGUCGACCAUCGGUCGCGCGCGCCCCACGUCGUCUUCCUCUCUCUUUCUAGUGUAUGAUUGGCCCCUACAUACGUGCUCUCGGAAAUGAAUUGAAAAUGCACUGUAUACUCUUGCUACCAAAAAAGUUGAUUAAUUACACACACCACAGGUAAAUACGACGACCUAUAGCAGAGCUAUUACUUUAAUUAUGUACUACGUCUACGCGUACAUUAUUCAUAAUAUGAUCA